GUAAAUAUCUCUUGGCUUCAUCAUUUCCUCUCUCAUCAUGACCAAAGAAGUCCUCUCUCUCUCCUCCUUCAUUGUUACGGAGGCAGAGGCACUGAGAUAUUUUGCCGUCGCCGAUCAAAAAAAUAUCUAUUCCAACUCCAGCUUUGGCCGCCUCCUCAAUAUAUUGAGUUCCAGGAAACCGAGUCACCGAUCUACAAGCCGUGCCUUUGUUUCUUGUUGCUUUCUGUGUUGAUUUGUGGCUGAGCAGGAAAAACGUCGUUGUCUUGAAGUUUUCUAAUGUGAUCACCGAGUUUGUUAGAGGGCCAAAUACGAAGCGUGGAUAAUGGAUCGAUCGACGAUUACUGUGGGGCCUGCUAUGGACAUGCCGAUCAUGCACGAUAGUGACCGGUACGAUUUUGUCCGGGAUAUUGGGUCGGGGAACUUCGGGGUUGCCAGACUGAUGAGAGAUAAGGUCACCAAGGAGCUUGUUGCUGUGAAGUAUAUCGAGAGAGGUGAUAAGAUUGAUGAAAAUGUUCAAAGAGAAAUUAUUAAUCACAGGUCCCUCAGGCAUCCCAACAUUGUGAGGUUUAAAGAGGUCAUUUUAACUCCUACCCAUCUGGCCAUUGUGAUGGAAUAUGCCUCUGGGGGAGAGCUUUUCGAGAAAAUAUGCAAUGCUGCACGUUUCAGUGAGGAUGAGGCUCGAUUCUUUUUUCAACAACUCAUAUCGGGGGUUAGCUAUUGCCAUGCUAUGCAAGUAUGUCACCGUGAUUUGAAGUUGGAGAACACUUUACUGGAUGGAAGUGAGGCUCCUCGUUUGAAGAUUUGUGAUUUUGGGUACUCCAAGUCUUCAGUGCUUCAUUCACAGCCAAAAUCAACAGUAGGAACUCCUGCAUACAUUGCGCCUGAGGUGUUGUUGAGGCAAGAAUACGAUGGCAAGAUUGCAGAUGUGUGGUCAUGUGGGGUAACCUUAUAUGUGAUGCUGGUUGGAGCAUAUCCCUUUGAGGAUCCUGAUGAGCCAAAAGACUUCAGGAAGACAAUACAGAGGAUUCUUAAUGUCCAGUAUUCCAUCCCAGACAUUGUUCAGAUAUCUCCCGAGUGUCGAGAUCUGAUUUCUCGAAUUUUCGUUUUUGAUCCUGCAGCUAGGAUUACCAUUCCACAAAUCAAGAACCAUGAGUGGUUUCUGAAGAAUCUUCCAAUGGACUUAAUGGAUGAAAAUACAAUGGGCAACCAGUUUGAAGAGCCUGAUCAACCCAUGCAGAGUGUUGAUACCAUAAUGCAAAUAAUUUCUGAGGCCACCAUACCGGCAGCUGGGGCCCAUGGCCUUAAUCGGUAUAUGGCAGACAACCUUGACAUGGAUGAUGAUGACAUGCUGGACUUUGAUUCUGAAUCUGAGCUUGAUGUGGAUAGCAGUGGGGAGAUAGUUUAUGCAUUGCAAUAAUUUCAACUCUUUACAAGAGAGGGGGUGGUUCUUCAGGCAUGUGGACAUAUCAAAAUCUGGCCAAAAGAAUGCAUUGUAGAAUGUGGUAGCUUAGAAUAGACAAACAGCUUAGGAAAGUGCAAUAUUUGCUUUGGGUCUGUCAUGUUCACAAUAUGAAUGUUCUAUUUCUUUCUGUGUGGAGGGAUUUCAUCUUACUCCUUAAAAGGGUCGGUAAAUGGUACAAAUUCUCAAACUUGGGGGAUGUAUAUGCACCUGUAGCCAUCCCAUUGAACAACGGUUAUCAUUUUUGCUUUGUCUUGUGCUUUUUGUCUUCUGUACUGUUCUUUUAUAAAAUGUUUGUAUUCUAAUAUAUAUUUGGCAGCUAGUUUUUCUCA